AUGACUGACGACACUGACGACGAAAAAAAACAAAAAAAACCUGCCCGCAACGUUAUGGAAGGAAAAGUUGGUGAUCGUUUCUUGAUGGCAAGACGUUAUUCCCGCGAUCAUGUAGAGGCAAUCGGACUUCCCUUGGGUACCCCACGUGGAAAACCAGUGUCCAUUCCGCCUCGUGCCCCCGGCCCUCCUGCUCCACAUGGUGCCACCGGUCCUUAUGAUCAUCUCGUCGAAUAUGUUCGUCCAGAUUUUCGCAAAGUAGAUAAACAUGAACCCGCCCUAAAGCCCAGGGACCCGUGA